AUGGGUGAUUGUCCCCCAGCCCCCCGUGCCGAGCUGGCCCGGGUUUGGGGGUCGCUGGCCCGGGUUUGGGGGUUGCUGGCCCAGGGCUAUUCGGAGUCUCCGGACCUGGAGUUUGAAUAUGCAGAUACCGAUAAGUGGGCAGCAGAGCUCUCCGAGCUGUACAGCUACACGGAAGGGCCCGAGUUCCUGCUCAACCGCAAGUGCUUCGAGGAGGACUUCAGGGUCCACGUGCGGGACAAGAAAUGGACGGAGCUGGACAAGAACCAGCACCGCACUCACGCCAUGCGGCUUCUCGACGGGCUGGAGGCCACCGAGCGGGAGAAGAGGCUGAAGGUUGCCCGAGCCAUCCUUUACGUCGCCCAAGGCACCUUCGGGGAGUGCGGCUCCGAGGCCGAGGUGCAGGCGUGGAUGAGGUACAACAUCUUCCUCUUGCUGGAAGUGGGGACCUUCAACGCUUUGGUGGAGCUGCUGAACAUGGAGAUAGAUAACAGCGCGGCUUGCAGCAGCGCCGUGAGGAAGCCGGCCAUCUCCCUGGCUGACAGCACGGACCUGAGGGUGCUGCUGAACAUCAUGUACCUGAUGGUGGAGACUGUUCGGCAGGAGGCCGAGGGGGACAAGCCCGAGUGGAAGAGCAUGAGACAGACCUUCCGAGCAGAGCUGGGAGCCCCCCUGUACAACAACGAGCCCUUCUCCGUCAUGCUCUUUGGGAUGGUGACCAAAUUCUGCAGCGGCCACGCUCCGCACUUCCCCAUGAAGAAGGUGCUGCUCUUGCUCUGGAAGACUGUGCUGCCUCCGCAGCAGCAGAAGCGAGGCCGGCGGGAGCACAAGGCCCUGAUUAAGCAGGAUAACCUCGACGCCUUCAACGAGCGGGACCCUUACAAAGCUGACGACUCCCGCGAGGAAGAGGAGGAAAAUGAUGAUGACAACAGCCUGGAGGGAGAGACCUUCCCCCUCGAACGGGAUGAAGUGAUGCCUCCCCCCACCCAGCAUCCCCCCAGCGACCGCAUCACCUGCCCCAAGGGGCUGCCCUGGGCCCCCAAGGUCCGAGAAAAGGACAUUGAGAUGUUCCUGGAAUCCAGCCGCAGCAAGUUCAUCGGCUACACGCUGGGCAGUGACACCAACACCGUGGUGGGCUUGCCCAGGCCCAUCCACGAGAGCAUCCGAACCCUGAAGCUGCACAAGUACACGUCCAUCGCGGAGGUGCAAGUGCACAUGGAGGACGAGUACCUGCGCUCGCCGCUCUCCGGGGGGGAAGAAGAAGUGGAGCAAGUCCCUGCGGAGAUCCUGUACCAGGGCCUCCUGCCAAGCCUUCCGCAGUACAUGAUCGCUCUGCUGAAGAUCCUCCUUGCUGCAGCCCCCACCUCCAAAGCCAAGACGGACUCCAUCAACAUCCUGGCAGACGUCUUGCCGGAGGAGAUGCCGACCACAGUGCUGCAGAGCAUGAAGCUGGGGGUGGACGUCAAUCGGCACAAGGAGAUCAUCGUCAAAGCCAUUUCUGCUGUGCUGCUGCUCCUGCUCAAGCACUUCAAGCUCAAUCACAUCUACCAGUUUGAGUACAUGGCCCAGCAUCUGGUCUUUGCCAACUGCAUCCCGCUCAUCCUGAAGUUCUUCAACCAGAACAUCAUGUCCUACAUCACUGCCAAGAACAGCAUUUCUGUCCUGGACUACCCGUACUGCGUGGUGCACGAGCUGCCGGAGCUGACGGCAGAGAGCCUGGAAGCUGGAGACAACAACCAGUUCUGCUGGAGGAACCUCUUCUCCUGCAUAAACCUCCUGCGCAUCCUGAACAAGCUGACCAAGUGGAAGCACUCCCGCACCAUGAUGCUGGUGGUCUUCAAGUCGGCACCCAUCCUGAAGCGGGCGCUGAAGGUGAAGCAGGCCAUGAUGCAGCUCUACGUGCUGAAGCUGCUCAAGGUGCAGACCAAGUACCUGGGCCGGCAGUGGAGGAAGAGCAACAUGAAGACCAUGUCAGCCAUCUACCAGAAAGUGCGGCACCGUCUCAACGACGACUGGGCUUACGGCAACGAUCUGGACGCCCGUCCCUGGGACUUCCAGGCGGAGGAAUGUGCCCUGCGUGCCAGCAUCGAGCGCUUCAACUCGCGUCGCUACGACCGGGCGCACAGCAACCCCGAUUUUCUGCCCGUGGACAACUGCCUGCAGAGCGUGCUGGGCCAGCGCGUGGACCUGCCCGAGGAUUUCCAGGUCAACUACGACCUGUGGCUGGAGCGGGGGGUCUUCUCCCGACCCAUCUCCUGGGAGGAGCUGCUGCAGUGACGGCCGACGGGCAGGCAGGAGGGGUUGCUUUGGGGACA